AUGUCGUUGGCCGUUGCGGAAUCCGACGCGCUGACGCCUGCGCAGCGCAGUGCCAUCAGCAACAUCCGGCAGCGAGCGCAGGACCUGCGCGCCGACGCAGUCAUGACGAUCUCGCAUAUCCUAAACAUGUCCAACGUCGAGCCCUCUACCGCGGAUGCCGUCAGGGCCGCCAUUCACGACCACGCUCACGUUGUGAUACACUUUCACCCUGACCGGCCGGUCGGGUCUCGCGUCGUUGCGAGGGCGCUGCUGGAGGACGGCGUCUACCGCAACCAGUUCGAAACUGGCAUUUCGAAUGGCCUGGUGUCGACAGCGCUGGAUGGGCCUCGUGACAGCUGGGAGAAAAGCCUCUUUUCUGGCGCCUACCAUGACGGCACGGGACUACGGGCGGCCGAGAGACCCAAGUAUGGCGCGCUGGAUCUCACCUGCCACCCAGACGGCCCGGCUCCUCGUUUCGGUUCCUGCUACCUGGUACUGAAGCCAGAGGUAUCACGCCGGUCGACGUUUACCUUUGGCGGCUCGCAGGCGGACCCCAAGUUUCGGGGCACGAUUGACGAGUUCGACGCCAUCCUGUCGGCUAUUCUCGAGGAAUCCUUCACCAGGGACUUUAUGCUGGGCGUGAGCGAUAUCAGGCCUGGCCCCGCCAUGUGUUUGCUACGCGAGAGUCUCACCACGCCUAGACAAUUCCGAACCGACGACGCCAGCCACAACCUAGACCACAUGGUCGAGGCACAGGUCCACGGCGACAUCUGCCUCGACCGCGACGUCGAGGCCCUGAUCGCGGACGGGUCGUUUGCAGAUGGGGAUACCGGCCGGAUCCUCAAAGCCAUCGGCGAGAGGUUCGGGUUCCCCGUUCGAUUCAACCGCGGCUUUCAGCUGCCUGUGGAAAGCAUACCGCCAGACUUCCGGGGACCCUGCAUGCCAUCUCUGGCUGCCAGGGUCACCACGACGCGAGUUGACGCCCGGGCAAUCGGCACGGCAGCCCAGGGCUUGUUUGACAAUCGAGACCAGUGGCGUGACAGGGGAACGUACGAAGAGAUCCUGCAGGAGCUGAAGCUCCUUUGGCACGUGUUGGUCAAGUACGGAGAACCCCUUAGUACUCUACCGUGA